CCAGUCUAAAUGAAUCAUAUUUUCUGAUGGGAUAAUAAUAAAUAGUAAUUAUAAUUCACGUUGUUCUCCAUUAAAGAUAGACAGUUAGAGAAAGAAACUCAAAGAAAUGUAAAGCUUGAAAGUACAUAGAGAUGGGCGUUCCGCUUACGGCUUUUCCGAGUUGUCAACGGGUUGUCAACUGUACGGAAUAACCUAAAAUUCCUACAGGGUGUUCCGCUAAGUUUAUACGCCUAUCUGAUUAUGUAUAAAAUGCUCUAAAAAGUGAAUAAUUGAUAAGGGAAGAAUGGAAACUUCACUUAAUGACGGUGUGUACGAUAACAGGGGAAAUGCCGUUCAGAACGUCUCUCACCAGCCUUUGUUGAUGGGUACAAAUGAAAUGUACACCAACAAGGUAGUGCAGUAUCAAACUGCUGACCCUAACAACAGUGUGUACGAAAUCAAAGAGGCCAUAAUGAAAACUAGUGAAACAGAGCUGACACAAACCCAGCAGUACUAUUAUUCUCAAAGUGACCAGCAGAACAAACAAACAGAGUAUGGGGAAUAUGUGAUUCAGCAACAAACUGAAGCUACAUACAUACAACAGCAGACAGAAACUUCUGAUUAUGCCCAAGACCAGUUUUUGCAGAUUUCUAACGUAGAGAAUGAGCAAGAGGUUACUCAGAGGCCAGAGGAGGUUGCUGCCCAGUAUGUUGAGACUUCAGAUAGCAAUUUUGGGUCUCAAUAUGAAGCUGAGAAACAUCAAGAAGUAGUUACCGAAAAUGUCCAGAUUGCUAAUGAAAAUGUACCUCAAGAAGAUCUACAGAAUGAAGUUCUACAUGAAGAAACAUUGGAACCAAGUACUACCAUAGAAGAAAAUCCAGAAGACAGUAAUGCAGCAGUGGUUCAAAAUAUGGUAGAGGAAGUUAUUGAAGAACAAGUUCCAGAAUCCUCAAGUGAAAAUCUAACUGAAGAACCUUCAACUGUAGAAUCACAAACAGAAUGUAGUGAACAUACAGUACAAGAAGAUACUGAAAAUACUGACAUCAAAAAUGAAGCCCCAAAUGAGUCCCCCAUAAAGGAUAAAGAGGAAUUAGACGAGCAGCAGCAAGUUGUUGAAGAAACUGUAGUGAAUGAAACUGUUCUUGAGGAGCCACAAAUCCAACAGGAAGAUCAACAGCUUGUCCAGGAAACAGAUACAGGAUCUGUUGAAAUGCUUGAAGAGGUUGUUGAUGAUCCAGCUCCUGCUGAGACUUCCGGAGGCCCAGAUCCACUGCAAGUCCAAGAAGAGACUGCCCAAGAACCAGAUGACACUUCUCACCAAGAGGACCAAUCCGCCUACAUGUCUGAAAUUCGCGAGGAGGCCAACUCACGGCUCUCUGUGGCUUCCAGCACUUCCAGCCAAGGAAAUAGGCGAUCGACGAGGAGGACGUACCAGGAUAUGCCGCUUCACCUUGUCGGGCACAGCAUCACGAAACCGGGGGAGAACCAGCUGAAUGGGAAGCCCAUUCCUAAGCCUAGGUUGGGGGUCAAGGUUCCUUAUUGGAAUCUGUCAAGCCAGAUGCUCAGCAAAGCCGAAAUCGAGAAGGAAAUUCUUGAAAGAAGCAAAGUAAAACAAGAGCAAGCAUCCUCAGCAAACUUUGCCAGAAGUCUCACACAAAGGCUGUUUAAGAAGAUUGCAGAUAAUGACAAACCUGAUGGUGAUGAGGAAGAUACUAAAACAGAAAUGGAAGAUAAUAGUAAACCGAAAAUUGAUGCUCCGUCGGAAAACUCGAAAAUCAAGGACGACUGUGACCUUUUGGCGAUUCUUGAAGGAGAUGACGCUGACAUGCCUGAGUUGACCAAAGAGAAGACAUCUGUUCCUCAAGUUGAUGAGGCUAACCUCAAAGCACUGGAAAGAGAGAUUGCCUUGCAACAGUUAGAGGAGCUACCAUUGCAGUCAUCCAAACGUCACCUAAAAAGAACAAAGACUAUAACGUCUAGUCCUGAAACACAACCCAAAAAGUAUGCUGUAUCACCCUCAAGUAGUGCCCAGGAUUCAAAAUCUGUACCAGGAAAGGAAAACAGUUCUUCACCAGUUAUCAAACAAUCUUCGAGUAUAGAUUCAUCGCCCAAGAAAGAAAUUGUUGAUGUGGAGCCUCAAGUCAGAGUAAAUAUGGUUCUGAAGACCUAUUCGAGAAAAAGAAAGGCGGAUGACACCAUCGAUACAACUCCAAAGCAGCAAUCUAAAAAACUGGCAUUGGAAGAAGCACAAGUUAAGAAAGAGGAUGUCUCAACACCUCAGGGAGUGUAUAUUACCAAGAGCUCAAGGGUUAUCAAGAAGAAGGUCAUAUGGGAUCCUGACGACGAGGUGUCUUCACGGUCUCCAAAGCCAUCAAAAUCAGCCGAUUUUAUCCCUGCUUCCACUCCUAAACCUACAACCGAAAAACCUGCUGAGAAGAAACCAUCCUCUGAUAAGCAAGCAAAAAAGGCAGUCAUAGUAAAGAAAGAUAAGCCUGCUGCAGCUGAUACAAAAACUGCAGCAACUGACAAGAGGCCUGCUCCCGCUGAAAAGAAACAUGUUGCUCAUGAUAAGAAACCGGCCAGUAGUGAAAAAAAGUAUGUUGCAGCUGAAAGGAAAGUAGCAAAGAGCAGUCCUAAACUCAAACCUAAGAAACCUAUGAGUGAGCUAGACAAGCUUUUGAUGGAUGAAGGUGCUGUGAAGAUGCUCUACGAACUGAAGAACAAUGAUGAAAGUACGCCUUCGCCAUCAAAGAAGCAAAAGAACUUCGUAUCCGUGGAAAAGGCUCAAAAAGAGAUCAUGAAAAAAGCAAACGAAAUCAAGAAUGACUUGGUCGUUGGAGGGGAAGGCGCUAAGUCUCUCAGGAAGAAAGAAGCCUCUCUUUUGCAAACUGGAAUAGAGUUUCAAGGUCCACCUCCAGCAGCUGUAUCACCUGUGAAACCAACAUUAGAAAGGAAGAUGUCCAAGGAUUCUGUGAGGAGUUCAGUCCAUACUCCUCCACCUUCUCCUUUUAUGCAUUCUCACAGCUCUAUGCUCAUCAGAAGAAGGUCCAGCAGUUCGAUAUCCAGCAGCGACGACUUGGACUCGGAUGCGCCCAGAUCAACAAAGCGGCGCAAGAGCAAACGAAGUACGGAUGAACUCAACAUAACGGAAAAAGACCCGCUGGCGUUGGACGCCAGAGAUGAUAGUGACAUUGACAGCAAGACGAUCCAGGGGCAUAAGCUGUUGAACGUAAAGAAGAGCAACAAACAAGUCAGUGUGGAGUUGAAUUAUCCGGAUAACAGGUGUUUGAUGACAGAAGGGAUGCUAGAUGAAUUGACUACAACAGUGAAGAAAUACAGCAAGGAUAAGGAUUGCAGUGUCCUAUGUAUGACUUCAACUAGCAAAGCGUUCUGUCUUGGGUUAGAUUACCCCUCGUUGGUUCUGAGUGAUGAGAAAGAGAGAAAGAAUAAGGCUGCCAAUCUUGCUGACAAAGUCAGGGACUUUCUGUUGAGCCUGCUUCACUUUCCGAAAGUCCUGGUGGCCGGUAUCCAAGGAGAAUGCGCUGGGUUAGCGGUGAUGAUGUUGCCGCUGUUCGACACGGUCAUAGCCAAUGACAACGCGUCGUUCAGCGCGCCAUACGUUAAAUUGGGUUGCAUACCCGAAGCCGGGUUCUUGUUGGAACGUUGGGGCCUCGCUGGCAGAAGAUUGGCUGCUGACCUACUCUAUACGGGAGACAAAAUAGCCGCGGAUGAUGCUUGCAAGCGUGGUUUGGUUUCGAAGCUUUGCUGGCCAGAGAAAUAUAACGAAACUUUGAAGAAUGUACUUGCAGCUAUAGCCAAAGGAUCUAAACAGAGUUUACUGUCCACCAAGAAGCAACUACAAAGUCACAUGUUGAAGCAAACUGAGGCAGCUUUAGAGACGGAAAUCAAAAAUUGUGCGGACUUGUGGACCAGCUCAGAAUGUCAAAAGAAUUUCUUAGAAGCGGCCUGCAAUGGUUAAGUUUGAGAAGCGGCUAUUUUCAUGGAAAUUGUGGUACAAACUCUUUAUUUUUGUUUAUUAUAUGACGAAAGUUAUCUAAAAAAUUGACGUCUUUAAAGGAUCGUCGGUUCAAUUCGAAAAAUGAAUGAAAUAUUUUUUUAUAUUUUAAUAUUGUAGGUUAGGCAUUGUAAUCCUGGUUUGUUUAGGAUUAUAGAUUGAAAUGUUUCUAGCACGUAGAAUGUUUGAUGUAUAUCGAUUUAUAUAUUUUUGAAUAUAAUUUCCAAAGAUUGGUGCAAUAUCGUCGGGAUUGGAGAGAAUUUCCAUCAUGAAGGGGAAAAAAGAGAUACCAUAUAAGAAAUAUAGAAAUGUCAACAGUAUAUUGUACAUUUUAUAUACAGGCACAGUCAGGUAGACCAAGCCAAAACUCCAAAAGUGUAAUUUCAAAAAAAUAAGUUUAAUUUUAAUUUCCGGUAUAACCAAUGUUGAUUCAGUUUCCAAUUUCUGGAAAACUUAAAAUUUGUAAUUGUAGAGGUAUUAUUCAAGUAAGAAAUUCACUUUAUUGCAAAUUGUUUAUUCUAUUUUGAAUAAAUUUCAUUAUAGAUGAAUUUAGUUUUUGGGCCAAACUUGAAUUCGAUCGGCUUUACGUCUGAACCACAAUACAGCUCCACAUGAAAAUUUGCACACCUACUAAUUGAUUUCCUAUGAAGACAAUAUCCUCGCAUCUGAUAGGAAAAAUAUUUUGAUUUGUAUCUUUGCAUAAUCUUAUUCAAAAAGGAGCCAUUUCAACGAACCUGCAUGUUGCCAGGACCAAAUGUUAAAUUUGUUUUAAACAGAUUUCUUCAAUUGUUUUUUUCCAAAGUGCCUUUAGGUUUUUUGGGGCAUUCUGAACAAACAAGGUUUGUUUGUUUAAGGUUUAUUUAGCAUAAUUGCUACAAUUACAUUCUUCUAAAAAACUAAACAAUUACAUAACAUACAUAUAUUUAGGAAAAAAAAAUUACAUCUCGAAGAAUUUCCAUUGUCCAUGAAAUAUUCCUUUAAUUUUCUUUUAAAUAUCU